CUCUCUCUCUCUCCUUUUCCUAAACUAAUAACGAAAAAUGAAACGACCAAAUACGAAAUUAUUCGCAACGAGCUCCCCUCGAUAAGCCCCUUUCUCUCCCGGCGCCGGCCACCUCGAUCCGACCGGAGAUCCGCCUCCGAUCGUUGCAGAAUCGGGACUGAUACAGCUGAACAGUCGAUUUGUUGCCGCAAUUCGGUUCCGCAAUAGGAAUCGCCAGCAGGCAAUUAUAUACAGCAGUGUUUCCCCCCGUUAUAGUUGAAUCAAUCACUGUUUCCGCGAUGGAGGAUUACGGCGGGAGCGACGAUGAGUACUGUUACUAUGAUGACGACGAUCAGGAGGAUUCAAUGGAAGGCAUCGAGAAUGAGGAUUCCGAUGUCCUAGUGUCAACUCGCAAGGAUUCCACGACGAAGGUGAUUACAAAAGAGUCUCUCUUUGCUGCACAGGGGGAGGACCUGCGGAGAGUAAUGGAGUUGCUAUCACUUAGAGAACACCAUGCCCGGACUCUGUUGAUCUACUACCGUUGGGACGUGGAGAAAUUGCUUUCUGUGAUGGUAGAAAAGGGGAAAGCGUACUUGUAUUCAAAUGCAGGUGUCAUGGUGGAUGAUCAUAUAAAUAGCAACAUUCAUCGGUGUUCAUCUUCUUCAGUGAGUUGUGAAAUAUGUAUGGAGGACGUGCCUGCUGAUAAUGCCACGAGAAUGGACUGCAGUCAUUGCUUCUGUAACGAUUGUUGGACCGGACAUUUCAUUGUGAAAAUAAACGAAGGUCAGAGCAGGCGUAUCCGGUGCAUGGCACACAAAUGCCAUGCUAUAUGUGAUGAAGCUGUUGUACGAAAUCUGGUCAGCAAAAGGCAUCCUGACUUGGCAGAGAAAUUUGAGCGUUUUCUUUUAGAGUCAUAUAUCGAGGAUAAUAAAAUGGUAAAAUGGUGCCCUAGUGCUCCCCACUGCGGGAAUGCUAUUAGGGUUGAGGAAGAUGAGGUUUGUGAGGUACAAUGCUCCUGUGGGUUACAGUUUUGCUUCAGUUGCUUGUCAUCAACACACUCACCUUGUUCGUGUAAGAUGUGGGAGCUUUGGACUAAGAAGUGCCGAGAUGAAUCUGAAACGGUUAAUUGGAUCACAGUUCAUACCAAGCCUUGUCCAAAGUGUCACAAGCCAGUUGAGAAAAAUGGUGGCUGCAACCUUGUGGCCUGUGUCUGUGGCCAAGCAUUUUGCUGGCUCUGUGGUGGAGCUACUGGGAGAGACCAUACAUGGUCUAGAAUAGCUGGUCACAGUUGUGGUCGUUAUAAAGAGGAUGCGGCGAAAAAAACUGAGCGAGCUAAACGGGAUCUCUAUCGCUAUAUGCACUAUCACAAUCGUUACAAAGCUCAUACUGACUCAUUUAAACUUGAAAAUAAUCUUGAGGAGACCAUCAAAGGGAGGGUGUCGAAAUCCGAGCAGAGGGAAUCAGAAUUACGAGACUUCAGCUGGGUUAUUAAUGGUCUAAACAGACUCUUCAGAUCAAGGCGGGUCCUUUCUUACUCGUACCCCUUUGCAUAUUAUAUGUUCGGGGACGAGUUGUUUGACGAUGAGAUGACAAAGGAGGAAAGAGAAAUAAAACAGAAUCUAUUUGAAGAUCAGCAGCAACAGCUUGAGGCAAAUGUUGAGAAACUCUCCAAGUUCCUCGAAGAGCCCUUUGACCAGUACAGCGAUGAUAAAAUAACGGAGAUAAGGAUGCAGAUCAUUAAUCUGUCUGUUGUAACAGAUAACCUCUGCAAAAAAAUGUAUGAGUGCAUUGAGAAUGAUUUGUUGGGUUCUCUUCAGCGGGGUACUCAUAACAUAGCCCCAUACAAGUCGAAGGGCAUUGAGAAAGCAUCAGAACUUUCCAUGUGUUGGAGCAAUAAAGCCAGCGAUGCUAGCAAUUACCUAUCAUCCGAUGACAUAUCAAGUGGUGGGACAACAAUUUUAAAACGAGACCGACCAUCAGGGUCUGGGAGUUCGUCGAAUGACAACAGCAGCGAGUGCUCUUUGAGGAAGCGGACGAGGAAGGAGUGCUAUACGCCUAUACCUACUAUGAUGGCUUCGUCAAAGUACUCGAAGAAAACCCCGAAAACGAGCCGUGUUAACUCUAGUGUUAGAGCAAAAGACAGAGUGAGCCAUCUUCCAAACAACAUUCUGCAUUACAUUCUGUCCUUCCUCGACACCACAUCCACCGUCCAGACCAGCGUUCUGUCCAGAAGGUGGAGAUGCUUAUGGAAAGAUGUCCCUGUCCUCAACUUCAGCAGGAACUCCAGCUUCAGAGAGAAGUCCGAUUUCCAGAAACACGUGGACAAGUUCCUGUCUCUUCGAUUCGAGUCAACUGCGGUCAGCAGCAUUAGCUACGACUUUGGGGGAGAGGCACUUCGUGGACAUUCAGCUGGUACAGAAAUAUUCGACAGCGUAAUGCAAUACAUAGCUGCUGCACAGGGUCGCAUUAGCCAUGUCUCCAUCAGCGAAUCGUGUCAUCCAGCUGAUAUCCGCGAUAUGGCUUGUGCAAUGGUGGAGCACAAUCUCCAUGGAUCUCUUGAAACUCUCAAGUUGCACAAAUCGAAUCUGAAAAACAGUUCGCUUGGUUGUGAUCCGGGCUUCAAAUUGCUGACGACAUUGGAACUGCGACAGUGUUUGUUCUACUGUUCUGUUUCAGGGAAGUUGAUUGAUCCUUUCUCUAAUCUCCCUAGUCUGUACCACCUCAAGGUAAUCAAUUGCACAACAUCGAGAUGCUUACUAAAAGUAUCGGGACCCAAGCUGCUGGACCUCGAAAUUCAACAUCUAGUUUAUAGAACAUUCGAGCUGGUCGAAGUUUUUGCUCCGAAGCUCAAAUCGUUCUAUUUUCGUGCUGGUGAUAAGGCGAGCACAGAGAAGCUCCCGGAGUUGAACCUUCCUUUGCUGGAUCACGCGUACAUUCGUCUUUGGUGGACAAAGCAGAAAUAUGAUCAUUCCCUGGACAAUGACACAACAGAGAGGCAAUGUAUGAACUUAUUUCGUGGCUUGCAUAACACGAAGUCUCUCAUCCUGCGUUUCGACCUGGACUGCCUCUAG